CUCAAAGAAUGGGAAGAAGUCACGCUUUGUUGUUUUCCUCCUGGUUUCUCCGUGUUUUUACUCUUCUGUUUUGCUGUUAAACUACACCUUUGACAUGGAUACGAGCCGGAGUUUUUACUGCACUGUGCUGGAUAAACAGAGUAAAUUUAUCUGUUACACGCGUCUAAAAGACGGAACCUUCAGGAUCUGUCUGACAGAUGCUGCAGACGUUUGGAGCUCGGACUCCAGUGAAGAUUCCCUGCAGCACCUUAGACGGACGUUCUCGCUGAAGUCCACAGAAGAGUCCAUCAUGAGACUGCGGUCGUCCUGCAGCAGCGGGGAUGUGUCUGUGCUGGUCCAGGACAGCGGAGCAGAGCUGGUGGUGGGCUCCGACCCCGGGGCUCCCAGAGUGACCCUCAGCAGGCUGGAGGGGCCACGGGCCGCCGAGGAGCUGAAAGAGCUGCUGUUUGAGAUGGCUGACAGGCUGACACGAGUCCAAGAUGAAACAUCUGCUGCCAGUCCUCCGAAGAACCAACUGAGAAGACCUGCAGACUUCAACCCUCGACAGCAGAACGGAUCUCCGUCUUCGUCUCUGCCUGUGAAGAGACGACUUCCAGGAGCUUGUCUCAUCAACCCCGGAGCCAAAAAGAAGCUGCAGGCGACCGGCGUGGCCUUUGACGAUGCAGAUGAAGACUGAAUCCUCUUUUACAACGCCUUAGUUUUUCUUGUAUUUUAACCAUGAAAUGAUGAAGAAUGUUGACUUUUAUCACGUUUGGAUUUAAUUUAUUGUGGGAAAGAAAUAAAAUAAUCAUGUCGUGGAUCA